CACAGCUUGGACUCGAUGGUGUUGGAGGUCUCUCCAAGCCUCGGCGGUUCUGUGAUUCCGUACCCCCUCCAGGAACGCUGCCCGCGGCCCGGGGCGGCUCCGGCGGCGGGCGGGGCGGAAGGCGGCGCGGCCGAGCGUGACGGGGAGGGCGGGAGCGAGCGGAGCCCGCAGCGAGCAGCGACCGGGCCGCCGCCGCCUCCGCCUGCGCAGCGCCCGCACCGACCCCGCAGCGCCAUGGCGGCCGCGGCCGCCGAGCCCAGCACCGGCCGCUACCAGCAGCUGCAGAAUGAAGAGGAGCCGGGCGAGGCCGUGCCGGUGGUGAACGACGCCCCUCCGCCCUACAGCAGCAUUUCUGCAGAGAGCACAGCUUAUUUUGACUACAAGGAUGAGUCAGGGUUCCCGAAGCCGCCGUCCUACAACGUGGCCACCACUCUGCCCAGCUAUGACGAGGCCGAGAGAACCAAGGCUGAGGCCACCAUUCCCUUGGUUCCUGGCAGGGAUGAUGACUUUGUGACACGAGAUGACUUUGAUGACACUGACCAGCUGAGGAUAGGAAAUGAUGGCAUUUUCAUGCUGACUUUCUUCAUGGCAUUCCUCUUCAACUGGAUUGGAUUUUUCCUGUCUUUCUGUCUGACUACUUCAGCUGCAGGACGAUAUGGGGCCAUUUCUGGGUUUGGUCUAUCUCUUAUUAAGUGGAUCCUGAUUGUCAGGUUCUCCACCUAUUUUCCCGGUUACUUUGAUGGCCAGUACUGGCUUUGGUGGGUCUUCCUUGUACUAGGUUUUCUGCUGUUUCUCAGAGGAUUUAUUAAUUACGCAAAGGUCAGGAAGAUGCCAGAUACGUUUUCCACUCUCCCCAGAACCAGAGUUCUCUUUAUUUACUAAAGAUGUUUUCUGGCAAAUGUCUUCCUGCAUUAGUGAAAUCCCCCCCAAGAAGCAGCAGGACACCUGCAGGAAGUGAAUCAAGCCUCUGGAGCAGAAGAAAAAAUAAUCACCUGCUUUAAAAUAAAUAAAUAAAAGUACUGUUGGAAAAAGAAAAAAAAAGAAGCAUUUCUUUCUAUUUGUUUUUAGGUGUAAAAUUUUAAUAAUUAACGCAGAAUUCUGUAAUUGUUGACUCAUUAGUGGCUAAUGUUGGAAGCAGCUCUUGCAGUGAGUCUGUGACGUGCUGAUGAAGCCGUGCAGCCGCAGUUUGUGGUGAUCGGG